GUUUUCGUUUCUUCCUAGUACCUGUACAAAAUACCAAAUUAAGGUACCAUUGGAUAAUCCAUUCGACACCUUAAACAACAACUAAAGUAAAAUGGAGAGUACUAGCAAGGAUUUGCGGUUAAUGAAAAAGAAACGAAAACUCAAAAAGAAGACCACACGUAUUUCGAUCAAGGUGAAGAAAACGGUGUCACCUUCCAAAGAUCUGAUCAAAAAAACGAUCCCCCUUCGACAACAAGUACAAGAUUCCAAAGAUAUAGAAUGGAUUGAUGUAGAAAAUGACUAUGCAAGGAAUUUAAAAAAAGUAAGAAGUAGUAGUUCUAAACACAACAGAAAACCUUUUGCAGAUAUAAAGUCUCCUAAAAAAAGUGUUGUUAAGAAAAAGUUGAGCUUCAGAACUCAAAGUUCUGAAUUUGCUAAAAAAGACGAUAAUAAUGAUCCAAAAAAUGUGAAUGAUUUUGAUAAUUUGACCGUAAAUAAGCCAGUGGAUUCCCAAGAUGAAAUAUCAAAUCAAACCGAAAUACAGCAAACCAGAUUAGAACACAUUAUUCCGAGUUCAGAAGAAAGCGAAGAUCAUGAUUCCGACGGUGCUCCAGAGAUACCCAUAAAAUCUUACUAUAUUAAAAAUUUGCUAGCUGUUCAUAUUGAUGAACAAUUUUCUCCAGUCCAGCAAACACUCGCAGGCACUUCCCAGUUUGUCAAAAGUAUACAGCAACAAGUAUCUCAAAUACCCGUAAAUGAAAGAAUCCUACCACCGAAAUCAAAGUAUAUUAGAAAAUUACAAGAACAAGCUGUAAGAGAAGUUGCUCAGAAGCACAUUGACACUGCACACAAAACUGUGAAGGAACAAAUACAACCCUCAAAGCCAAUUCCAAGAAUUCCUCCGGCAGUGCAGUUAUUGGGAACUCAUCGUUUUUUUCAGCCGCAUAAAGUUCCUACUCUAGAGUCUAUUCCAACACCAAAAACUGGGGCAGCAGAUUCACCCACAAAGCCCGUCAAAAUGCCAAAAGAAGAAGAAAUCUAUGAAAAUAUAGACAUAAUCGAGAAACACCGUAUUUCAAAAACUAAUCGUGAUAUGGUUAUUGAGAAAGGUGAAAAUGGGUCUGGAGAAGGAGUGUCUCAGAAACCCACAGACAAUGUACAGCAAACUGAGAAGGAAAAAAUACAACCCCCAAAACUAAUUUUAACACUUCCUCCUGUAAUGCAGUUUUUGGGAUAUCGUAGCCGGUUUUUCCAGCCGCAGAAAGUUCCUGCUACAGAAUCUAUUCCAGCAUCAAAAACUGAGACACCAGCGUCACGCACAGAAUCAAUUAAAAAGCCAAAAGAAGAAAGCAAUUAUGAAAAUAAAAGUGUAAUCGGGAAACACCAUAUUCCCAAAAUUAAUCUUGAUCUUGUUGCUGAGGAAGAUGAAAAUGUGUCUGAAGAAGAAGUUCGAUCACCAGAAGAUUUCAAAAUACCAAAGGUUUUAGAUCAACAAGCUUCAUGGAAGGCAUCAAUACCUAGCCCUAUGGAACCGAUCAUUGAAGAAACAGAAAGCAGUCCAGAAUCUGGCACAUCAAGCUCAACACCACCCAAAAUGAUAAAAAGAGACUUUAAUCAAGAACCGUCUACAUCAGGUACUAAAAAAUUUGUUGAAAAGCCUUGUAUGUACUACGGUUUUAGAAGAAGCGGUCGAAACAAGUCGAUAGGUAGCUACCCGACAAGACGUUUCCAACGCACAAAACCUUCUGACAGUCAAUCUACUUCGGGUGAGGAUAUUGAUCGGGGUCAGAUCGGAUUGGGGGCAACUGUGCGAAACAUAUCAAAGAAAAAGAAGGCUCAAAUUAAUCCAACUAAUCCAGGUAGGCAACCUCUCCCAACACUUCCAGAACGUUUGCCUUUAGUUCCUAAAUCUACUAGCUCUGACAGUAAUAGAAACUCCACUUCUUCGCCAUCGUAUCCUUCAUCGAUGAGUUCAAGAGAAUACCAGGAAAUGGAUUUUGAUGACGAACCUGAAGAAGUAUUGGUGCAAAAUAGGUCACAAUUUAACUGCAAGUGUUGGUUUCUAUACUUAUUAUUAAUUAUUGGCUUAUUCGGCCUUUUAAUAGGAGUAUAUCAGCGAACCUUAUCCACUAAUUAGGCGAAAGAAAACUGCUUUAAAUAUGAUUUAUUUUAAUGACAAUAUGUAAUGUAUCGUCGCAACAUCAACAUUGUGAUUAAUUCGGAGUCGUCUAAUAAUCGAUGCUGCUUUUCUAGUUAGAAAGUCCAGGAAUAUAUGAUCAGUAAACGGUUGUGGCUGAUAAAGAGUUGUUUUGAUCUGUUGCCAGGUAUCCCCUCUCCUGACUUUUUCAAAAUGAUUUUGAGAUCCCUAGCUAGUGGAAUUGUGGCUAUCUCACUCUUAAGGUUCGUAUCUUCUUUGACAAAAUGAUCUGUUAUUUCAUUGCCAGGAAUUUCACUAUGAGAAGGUCAUAUGGGAGAGACUGUUACAUCUUGAGCAAAGUGAUUUUGGUAGAUGUCAUGAAUUUCUUGAACCAAUGGGUGGUCCAUGAAUAUUGUAUUGAUUGAACGGAUAGAUGUAAAGCACACUUUCGUUAGAUAUGUACUGUCCCCGGGAUUCUGAGUAUGCGAUGGUAUCACCACAACUCGAACGGUUCUAAUUUAUUCAGAUUUUUUUUUUGUUGUUUACGUUUCACAUCCAUAAAACAAAGCGUACCAGACGUAGUAAUCCAAUUAGUCCAGAAAGCCACUGCGCAUCCGCUAGGAAAAAUAUUCUAAUUCGGAUUUUUUGCACAAUCU